CCGGGAGCGGGGGUGGGGUCGGUUUGAACCGUUGGCCGCUCGGCCGGGCCGGCUCCGCGCGGGCCUUUGCCCGCCGAGGGGGGAGCGGGAGCCGCCGGUCCGGCCCGGCCCGCGCGAGGCCCCUCGGAGCGCGGACUGCGAGGUUGCUGUGUUUUCUGUCAAAAUGAAUGGAGAAGAGGAAACAUGGAAAGAGCUGGAUGCCGAAUUUGAUCGCUGCAUUGGGGAUGUGAAGCCUCACAUACUAAAGCUGCAGCAUAGGUCAGAACGCCAGAGGUGUGCACUGUGGGUUAAAAAACUGUGUGAGCCCUCAGGAGCAGGUACAGGAAUAGCGGGAAGGAAGAAUCGGAACUCAUAUGCAAAACUUUUGCUCCACAUGCUGAAACGAGGAGUGCUAGAAGAUCCUUUUACACAUGAACCAGAACCAGGAAUGCUGAAAACAUUACCUUCAUACAUGUUAAUUUAUUUUGAUGAACCAAAUUCAACAAGAAUUCCAAGUAGUAGCCCAGACUACUUGCCUGACUGGGUGAUGGGAGAGUUAGGAGAAGGUGAAUCCAUGCACGAGGAAUUGUGGACUUUAUCUUCUAAAGAAGAGUCAUCUUCAGCAACAGCACUUACAUAUGAAGAGAGAUUCAAGUAUGAUGGGAAGCCAACAUUGAGAUCACAGUCUACGAGUUCUCUUCUCCAGAAUGAUGAAGAUGACCUAGCAGCACCUCUGCCUGACCAUCAUAAUAAGAAAACUAUUUCUGUGGAUGACAGUGACCUUGAUGCGCGUCUCAGUAGUUGGAAUCUUGGGCUUGAAAAUCCAAGAUAUUUACGGGAAAAACCAAUACCAGUGUCUUUGAAGACAUCCAAAAUCGGCCUAGGAAAAAGUAGCAGUUUCCAGGAGGACCCAGCACUGUUUCGAAUGCAUGAAAAGGAGCUAGACAUGAAAAUGAAAAUGAUGGAAGGUAAAUUUCAUGAAGAAAGACUUCAAUUACAGCAGAAGCAUGAUUCUAAUGUUCAAAAGAUUUUGGAUCGGAAGAAUGACGAAAUAGAGUUGUUGAAAUCCCUCCACAAAUCCAAACAAAAUGAAGCUGAGGAGACAAUUAGAAAACUGGAGAAGAAAGUUCAGACCCUACUCCGUGAGUCACAAGUCAUCAGAGAAGCAAUGGAAAAGCAGAUUGUAGAGUUAAAGAAGAUGUGCGAGAAAAGCACUGAGUCUUUGAACAAUGAGUGGGAGAAAAGGCUUCACAAUGCUGUGGCUGAAAUGGAAAAGGAGAAGUUUGGUAUUAGGAAGAAGCAUGCAGAAGACAUGAAGGACCUGCUUGAGGUCACCAAUGCUCGUCUUAGCAAAAUGGAGGAAGACUAUAUGGAACAAAUAGAGUCAACUAACCAGACUGUCAAAAAUCUGGAGGCUCGAGUGCAACAGUUGAUGGUUGAGGCUGAAAACAGUAAUUUACAGCGUCAAAAGUUAUCCCAGGAAAAGACCGAAGCAGAACAAUGUUACCAGGCAGUAUGCUCUGAGCUUCAGGAAAUGAAAGCAAGGCACAAGUUGUUUCUGGAAGGCAAGGACCGUAUUGUACAGGAAUAUGAGGAGAGCAUUCAGCAACUACAAAGUAAAUAUGAUGUUGAUAUAAAUGUUAUGAAGCAGGAGCAUGCUCUCUCUGCAGCUAAGGCAUCUGAUGUGAUUGAAGAGUUACAGCAUAGUGUGUGUCUAUUAAAACAACAGUUACAAGCUUCAGAACAUCAAAGAGAGCAACAACUGAGGGAUCAAGACUAUAAACUUCAACAAGACAAGCUUCACUUGGAGACUGUGUAUGAAAAGCAGAUCCUUGGCAUCCGGAAUGAUCUUGAUAAAGAAAGAGGGGAUGCCCAGAAGAAAAUUCACAAACUGGAGGAGACUUUGAAGGAGAAGGAGGAGCAGCUGACUCGGGUGACAGAGGUACAGAGGCUGCAGGCCCAGCAGGCAGAUGCUGCCCUGGAGGAGUUUAAGCGGCAGGUGGAGCUGAACUCAGAAAAAGUCUAUGCUGAAAUGAAACAGCAGAUGGAAAAGGUUGAAGCAGAUCUAAGCAGAUCAAAAGUGCUCCGGGAAAAGCAAUCCAAAGAAUUCUCCUGGCAACUAGAAGAGCUGAAGCAGAGAUACGAGCAGCAGAUAGUGGAGCUGAAGCUGGAGCAUGAACAGGAGAAGACGCACCUAUUCCAGCAGCACAACGCAGAGAAGGACUGCCUGGUCCGACACCACGAACGGGAAAUCGAGAAGCUGGAGAAGCAGAGUCGCGCUGCCAUGGCAGAGCACGAGAGCAAAACUCAGGAAUGCAGGAAGCGAAACGGGCAGGUUAUCUGUGAUCUGGAAAACCAAAUCCACAAGCUGAGGGAAGAGCUCCUUCAGGUGAAAGCUCAGCAGAAGCAGCAGCUGAUGGAGCUGAGCCUUCAGAGGGAGGAAGAAAGGCAGAGGGCAGCGCGAGAUCACAAGGCGGCGGUCAGUCAGCUGAAAGCAGAGACCGAAAGGAUGCUGCUGGACCUGAAGAAGGUGCAUGCUGCAGAGACAGAGAAGGCCUUGGACAAGGCCAACAGCCGACUGAAGCAGAUGGAGAAGGAGUGCAGCCAGAAGCUGGCCAAGUCCUCGCAGAUCAUAGCUGAACUUAAGACAACCAUUUCCUCUCUGACAGAAGAGAACAGCCAGCAGCAGCUCGCUGCAGAACAGCGGCUCCAGGAAGUUGUACAACAGUUUGAAGAUAAGAAGCAGCAGCUGAUUGCAGAUAAUAACAGAGCAAUCAAGACCCUACAAGAUGAAGCGGAGCGUUCCCGCAGCCAGGCACGGGCUGCAGAGAAGAAGCUGCAGCGCAGGGAGCUGGAGACCCAUGAGCAGGUGACCCAUAUACGACAAGAAUAUGAAACUAAACUCAAAAGUCUAAUGCCAGCAUCUUUGAGGCAAGAACUAGAAGAUACUAUUGUAUCUUUAAAAUCUCAGGUAAAUAUUCUGCAGAAAAGAGCCUCUGUCCAGCAGGAAGAGCUGAAUGCCUACCCCACCAGGAGGUAGCUGCUGGAGCUGUUGGAUUUCUUUGAUCGCCAAAUGGACUGCUUUCAAUAGGUUUGAAGAUUUGGCUCUUGUAAAUUAAAAUGCAAAGAUCAGUGGCUGUUUUAUUAGCACACAAAAUGCAAUGAAAUUCAUGAAAACAUAUCCAUUGCUCGUGCCAGAUUUUUUUUUUAGUUGUACCUUGCUUCCUUCCAUUAUUUUUUUAUCAUCAUCUCAUCACAGACUUACACUUCCAAUGUACUAUGUUGACUCUUCUCACUUUCCAAGAGGAAGUUUCCUCUACUAACACUUUGUUACCACUUCCUCGUACCAUUCUUUUCACUCUCAUACAUGAAGAAAAUCCCAUUUUCUAUUUUUAAUGUCCAAGAUUUUUUAACAGAUUUUGACAUCGUUUUGCGUCCAUGUGUUUACAUAAGAUUAAAAUAUUAUUUUGCACUAUUUUGUUUUGCCAUUAUUGUCCUGCUUGGGCAUCUCACUCACCUAAAUAGCCACAGUGCAUAGUAGAGUUUUGUAUGGCUUUUUUAACUGGGGAAAAUAUAUUUUCUGCUGUAUUACAACAAAGAAAUGUGCAUGGCCUGAGUGUUUACGAGGGGGCAGAAAUUCCUCUCCCUGAGGUCCAGCUGUAGCAUUGGCCACCACGUGCUGAUCUGCAGGGCUUGCAGGAGGAGGCAGCCAUCCCACCAGGCCCUGGCUGCCCUUCAGCCCCAGAUCCAUGAGCACUGAUCCCCCUCCAGCCCCUGAUCCAUGAGGAGAGGCCAUCCCCUGCUCAGAGCUUCCAGCAGGACGCGUGCCCAGCUCUGCCUGGUGCCUCAAUGCAUGUCAGCCUGGCUUGGGUCUGGGCAGGUUUUCACCUUCCUUGGAUCAACAAGUGAUCCUUCUAAUUAUAGAUAAGAGGUUGUCGUGGCUCUGAUAAGCAGGAAGUGCUACGGCAGGUGCCACCAAGCCUCACCUGGGGCAACGGUGAGUUUCAGGAGAAGGAAUUUGUUAGGAUGCACAGGGUGAAUUGUGGGCAGUAAAAUGCAGUGUGUUUGCUCAGGGAGGUGCGUGGCGGCCGUGCUUUGGCUCACAGAGGGAGCGCUGUGCUUUUACCACUCGGGUGCUGCUUUGUGCCAACAGAGAUAUGUCCCUUUCUGCAUGGGGUGAUGUGGGUUUGUCUGGUGUUGUGCUGGUGUCUGUGCAUGGUAACUGGGUUUGUGGGGCUUUUGGAAGCGGGGCACAUCCCCAAGGUGACACAGAGCCUCUCCUGAAUACCCUUCCUUAUGCAGCUAGCUGAAUUCAGGCCUGAAUUUCCUUCUUUUUGAUAGAAUUGCAUGUUGAUGAUCAAAAAGCCAUUUCAGAAAAGUAGAUCUCGGUCAAUCUGGGAGCUCUGUGAAACUCUCCUAAACCACGUACAGCAUGAGGGGCAUUGCGAAGGUGCUUAUAAACCUGAUAAGAACUAAAUUCAGUGUUGGUUGGGGCUCGUUUGCAGUUGAUAAUAGUUCUGUGAUCACUUUGUAACAGGUAAGGUUGAAGUCUAGAAAUGUUCUGCCCUCCAGAACUUGUUCUUUGCCUUUUCCCCUGUAGGGCAAGGAGCUGCCAGCGGUCCUGGCAGAGCUGGCUGGCAUAUGGUCAGAGCUUCAUUUGCAUGGGUUGAUGAUGAUGUUUGUUUGUUGUUAUUACACUGAAUUUUGCUGUAUGAGAGAGGAUAGUUC